AUGGCGGGACUUUUCCGCUUGCUUAAAAUGCAGUAUACACCCCCAACAGACCCUUUCACUUCUUUCGCCGGCAAGACAGUGCUGUUGACGGGCGCGACCUCAGGUCUGGGUGAUGAAGCUGCCAUCAAGCUCCUCAACCUCGGCGUGGGCUCCCUAAUCAUUGGAAGCCGCAGCUUGGAACGUGGCAACAAGGUUAAGCUAGAGCUUGAGAAAUGCACCAAUCGCCCCGACACUAUUCAAAUCUGGGAGCUCGAGAUGAGCAGCUUCCAAAGUGUGAAAAGCUUCGCCAGUCGCGCCAAUAGUGAGCUUCAGCGGUUGGAUGUCGCACUACUUAAUGCUGGCUUGUGGAAUCGCGAGUAUACGCAGUCACCCGAGAAGUGGGAGGAGACUCUACAGGUCAACACGUUGUCAACGUCAUUACUGGCGCUCCUGCUUCUUCCCAAGUUGAGAGCAAGUUCCUCUGAUACAGAGCCGACGCAUCUUGGUGUCGUUUCUAGUCAACAAUUUGUGCGUGUGAAAGCUGAAAGUCUUCGGACUGAGGGGCCGUUAUUGGAGCAUUUGAAUUCUGCGGAUCAGUUCCAUGGGCCGAAACAGUAUGGUAUUUCGAAAUUGCUUCUGGAGUAUGUCAUGAAGAAUCUCGCCAAUCUUGUUCGCAACGAUGACGGGACACUACCUGUCAUUGUCAAUACCAUUAGUCCUGGGCUUUGCCGAUCAUCUCUUGGACGACAAUAUGAUCGAUUCUACGAGCGGUGGCUUGUGUGGAUCAUGUACAAGCUUUUUGCACGUACGACCGAACAGGGCAGUCGGCUGUUGGUGACUGGAGUGCUCCAAGGUGCAGAGGCUCAGGGCAAAUGUUGGCGGAACGAUGGAUAUCUGGAUGAGUCCAAAGCCCUCACCGCGGGCGCCGAAGGAAAGGAAUUCCAAGCCAAGGCGUGGGCAGAGAUUCUUGAAGUGUUGGAGCAGCAGGCUGCAGAAGUACAAAUGAUUAUCCAGCAAGCUUAGCUGAGGAAAAGAAAUUGCCCGGUUGGAAACUGCGUGGGGCUCGUAUGCUCGUAUCCCAAAUAUAUCACCAAAGUGGAGCUCAGCGUCCAAUUGGAAGGAGAGACCCGUGGGUUUGCAGGGGUUUAGUUCCGCGGCGAAGUUAUACUCCUUUCGAACGAUUUGGCAACACGCGCGUCGAUAGGGCUGAGCCGUCUGAACUGGCCCUGGGGAUGGAGAGGUUCGUUAUUCGUAAAUCCCUCGGCCAGAGCCAGAUGUGCAUUUGAUUGAAUCAAUACAAUUGGGUGAACAAGUGGAGGAAAAGCAAAAAAAAAGACGUGUAAGCUCCAG